CAUCCUGGGUGGAGCAUAAGAGGUCUAGUCGAAGGAAUUCGGCAGACUUUUAACUUUUUUUUCAUAAUUUUUCAUAAACUUAAUAUAAUAAUCGAUUUUUAUCGAUGUUUGACGCUUGAGCUCACAGCGAACUGUAGGGAUGUACUGAAGAAUCGCUCUGGAGUAAAAUGGCGUCUGAGGGACAUCAGACCACAGCUGCCAAAUCUCUCUCUGAAACAUCCCAGCGUCCCACCAGUGUUGGUAUGAAUGGAAAAAGUGGUUGCAUGCCAGUCCCCUUCGUCAACAACCCAGUUUCAUCACAUUUGGAGCGCAGGGAUGUUUCCUGGUCUCAGGGGCUUCAGGAUGAUCCGUAUGAAGUCAGUUACACCCAGAACGCCAUUAAAAACAGGACAUUGACUGAUGCCAACUGUGACGGUGAGGCCGAUCUGCAGGGUCUUGUUUCAAAUAUAUUGGACGAAGCGGACUCACAGGAUAGCUUCUACAGUCAGAGCCUUCCCACUUGGAACCCUGUUUGGUCUCCGAAGACGCUGAAAGAAGAGCUGCUGCAGUAUUUCCCACCAGAACCAAAAACAUUCAACAACUCUUCCUUUAUUUCAAACCAUCAGCUCCAUGACACCUCCAAGAAAAGACAGCAACAAUUAGGUGAUAAAGACGUUCAUGAGUUGAGUUAUCUUCCCAGAGGUCCAGCUGCCAAUCAGCAGUGGCCUUUCAACUUACCUGAUGCAGGGAAUUAUUCCAUUCGCCCUCAAAAGCUGCCACCAGGUCUACUGACGACCAACAAAGUAGCUGCUGACCUGUCCCAGCUGCAGCAGUAUAAGCCCCCCAGCAUGCCGCCUUAUACCGGCAGAGGGAACGAUGCUCCUUUGAAGAAUUUCCCUGUUCUUAGUGACAUCUUCAGACCUCAAAAUGAUGCAAUUAAUUUGUCCCUUGAAGACUCACCAGAUGACCUCUACACACAAAAUAAGAUAAAUCCAUUCUUUAAUGAGCACCAUGUACCAGAAGACAUGAACCAACUGGUCAGCAGUUUUCAGUCAUUCAUGCCGUCGGAUCAUGACAGCAGCUGUUUGGAAGACUUUCCAAACACGCCCCAACCCACUAUGGACAUGCUCACACGCCACUUGGAGCCGAUGCAGAACGGAGAAGUUAGAGAACCAAACUUUCAAUUUGAUGAUUUGCAAGAUCCCCCCGAGUUCAGUUCUGACCACAGGGAAUACUUCCUGAAACUGAAGGCAUUCCCAGCAAAUAGGAGCAUCCCAAACCUACGCCAAAGCAAGCCAAUAGUGAAUCAUAAGCCAAGCAUGAACCAGUUUUCAAAACAUCACACCAGACAGAGCCAGAAGAUCAGGUCACAGAUGGAGAAAGAAUACAAGAUGAUGGAAACCAGCGGAUUCACUGGAGAAGGCUUCAGCAGGAGGCACAUGGCAGAGAGAGACAAACAACGCUUCUCGCAAAAUCCAUUCUUUGGUUUCCAGGGGAACAUGCAGUCUCAGAGACGCGCCAGAGAAAACCUCCUGAUUGGUGCGGGGAAUGUCCAGCAGUUGACUUCUCUUCCAUGUUCUCUAAACGACAUCAGGAGAUACUCCAAUAUGAUCAUGAACCCCAACCUUAGCUCUAGCCAUGCUCCUCACAUUAAUAUGAAUGGAAUGGGAUCCACGAAUGACGCUGCAGCAUUCAACUCCUUCAUCAGUGACAUGAAGGACCACAGAGAUGAGAGCGCCUAUCAUGGCGUGGCCUCAGCUGGUACAGCUUCACAGAUGAUGAAUGAAGGAGGACCUGCUUUCCAGAUUCACUUCUACCUGGAUGAGUGUUACCAGCAGUGUAGGAGUUUGGAAAAGGAGAGGAAAAAGACAGAGGUCAUCCUUAAAAAAGCUUUUCCUGGGAGAAGGAACACAAUGAUGACCAACGUCAACGCCCCAAAAACUCCACUAAGACUCACAAGAGUUGACUCCCUCAUCUUUACUCAGAUGAAGGAGCAAGCAAUGGUGGAAGGCCUUUUCGACAGAAUGGAGCAUCUUUGUGGUGUUUCCCUGCCUAUCAACAUCCAUGCUGCGCUGAAAAGGCACGACAUGGCUAUAUGCGUCACCCAGACAAGAUUCAAGGAGGAUGGAAACCCGACUAAACAGCAGCAGCCGGGAAUUAAUUUCAGCGAGGACAGAGGUAACAUGUUGAUGGUCACUGCACUGAAGGACCUGACUGCUACCACCAGGGGGCUCCAAACAGCUGUGUGGCGUGCCCUCCAAAUGACGCUUCCCAAAUCUGUCAGGAUUCAGGACCAUAAUGUGUGUGAAGGAGACCAAUGUGCCGAGAGGGGCUCUUCUCCUUUCCAGGGUUACUCUUUUCGAUUUUGAAUAAAGUGGAAGAAACAAAUAUUCCAUUAAUUGAGUACAUUUUAAUAUAUUUAUAUAACUUUUCUGCUUUACUUUUUGACUUUACUUUUGAAUUGACUUUUUUUGUCAAUUCCUGUUUCGAUG